CACCUCCCACACAGUUUUUUACCUGAAAAAGAAGAGCCGCCAAGAUUUCCUGGAGCUGCUAGGGACUUGGCUAUUGCUGUUGAUUUUACAGGCUCCCACUGUCCUGUGUGUGCCAUCAUUGACAACUCUGCAGUAAAGAUGUCCAGCUACCAUGCAAACCAUACAAUGAACAGCUCCAUGGCAUCCACCUCUGAGCAUUAUCAUCCAACCUCGGAACACCAUCACCCUACAACAUCAUCGGGGCACAAUCAUGGAGAAGGGAUGAUGACGAUGGACAUGACUUUCCACUUCAGCUACAAGAACGUGCCACUGCUUUUUUAUGGACUGGUGAUCAAUACACCUGGAGAAAUGGCUGGUGCUUUUGUUGCAGUCUUCUUCCUAGCCAUGUUUUAUGAGGGCCUCAAAAUAGCCCGGGAGAGUCUGCUCCGUAAAUCACAGGUCAGCAUUCGCUACAACUCCAUGCCUGUCCCGGGACCAAACGGCACCACUUUGAUGGAGACGCACAAAACAGUUGGACAACAGAUGCUGAGCUUCCCUCAUCUCCUGCAGACAGUGCUGCACAUCAUACAAGUGGUGGUCAGUUACUUCCUCAUGCUGAUCUUCAUGACCUACAAUGCAUACCUCUGCAUAGCUGUGGCAGCAGGCGCAGGCACUGGCUACUUCCUCUUCAGCUGGAAAAAGGCAGUUGUUGUGGAUAUCACGGAGCACUGCCAUUAAUGCUGGACACAGAGCGAGAGCCUCUCUCUGUCCCUUCGCUCGCUCUAACUGCAGUCACCAAGAGGUUGAGGAUCAUUCCCCAGCUGUCUGAGAAGCAACAUACACCAUGAAAAUCAGUGUGUGUUUUACCACCAAUGUCCUAGUCAGGACAAUGCCUGGGCAGCUCACGGAGAUUCCUGGUGUUGAGGAUUUCCCACCAAGCAGCCUGGCGCCCACAUUAGAUGGACCAGCUCUUGAGGUCACACUAGAGCCACCCUUGACCACAAUUUAUGUUGUAUUUGUAGAUUUUUCCCUGAUUGAAAUUAUGUAGCAAGUAGAUGUUUUCAAGAUUAUUGAACUGUCCUUUUAAAGCAUUUUAUUUUUAAAGAAUAAAUGCUCAGAUCUGGGGGGUUUAUGCAUGGUUGAUAAAGGAGCCAGUAUGUGACAAUGGCUAUUUUAAUUUUCAAAAAAAAUCUGUACUUAAUGCCUGGGGGAGGGAGGCAGGGAUGUGACUGACCUCUGUGCCAGCAAAACCCUCUGGGACAGUUUGUAGAAACUUCUGUCCACAAAAUUACAGUGUGCUGCUGGUAAAUCAUCAGAGGCCUAAUGGGCUCAGGUCUGCUCCGAGAAGUGUGCACCAUUCUUAUUAACUCCAGUGGGCAUAUUGUAUCUAUGUGUAUCUGGGCCAGACUGGGGCUGCUUUCAAGUCUGUUUAACGUUACUGGUUUUCUGCUGUAUUCUUGCUCUGAACAGCAGGAAAAUUUCCAACUGGCCACUUCGGCUUACUGAUCAUGGAAACGUACUCGCCAUAUGCAAAUCAGCAAUUGCAUUUUUAAGUAGCAGAAAGAGACUUUAAAUAAACCAUCGAAGCCCUGUUGAUUUCAUCUUGA